CAAACUCCCCUCAGCUGCAGAUCCCCGCCAAUGAAAACGCACAAAAGCGUGAAGGAGAGAGAGAGUGGGAGAGAAAGGACUCCGCGAGAUACAAAGAGUGAGCCAAAUCCCACACAAACAGUCACAACACAAGUUGGGGGGGGAACGGAAAGGCGGUCACAUUUCCGACUCACCUGCAAACGUGAUUGAUGUGUGAGUUUGUAUCAGUGGGUGUGUAUGUCAAGCCUGUCACUGUUCGCGAAUGUGCUGACUCCACUUUCUUGGAAUUUAAGUGAUUCGCCUAAUCUUCGCUCGUGCAACAUCACGCGCGCUCGAAACUAGGUGCAGCAUCCAGUGGGCACAAGGCGUCCAGGUAUCUUUGGAGAGAACAGUCCGAUCUGUGCUUCACCUCUGUCAAGACGUGGUACCUGCACGGCUGCCUACUUUUCACUGGAGAGAGAAACUUUACGCGCUCCGGACACCUUUCCAUCACUUCUCCUUUUUUUUGCGCUCUAUGGAGCAGGUGUUCUGCGCAAAACUGUUUUUUGACUUUUUCGACGAUCUUCAAAAGACUUUCACGGCAUCAUAGUCACAUUAAGAGACGUUCAUCGUGAAGUUUAUUUGAAGCCAUCAACGCCAACAAGAGAGAUGGAUAACAGCCCUGGUGGUGGUGGAGGCGGAGGCGUCAUCCUGUACGCGGGAUCCUCUGGCAGCUCCAGUCCCAGCCCUGGCAGCCCCUCCAGUGGGUACCAGACUCAGUCACCCUCUUCACACUCCCAGCCCUCAUCUCCAGAGGAGGUCACAUUCACGGAGAUCGGGGCGCUGAAGCAGAGAUCAGCCGGGUGCAACACUCCAUCCUCCAAACUGGUGUUCCAGUUCCCGGAGGUCUACAGCGGCCCCUCAGCUCCAGCUGCUCCUCAGCACACUUAUGCCCACCCCAUCGCGGGAAAGAGGCCAUGUGGGUUUCACGGAACUUUUACCAAGACAGGUGGAAUGGUCCUGCUCUGCAAGGUCUGUGGAGACAUUGCAUCCGGUUUCCACUACGGAGUGCACGCAUGCGAGGGGUGCAAGGGCUUUUUCCGCCGUAGCAUCCAGCAGAACAUCAACUACAAGAUGUGCGUGAAGAACGAGAACUGCCUGAUCAUGCGCAUGAACCGAAAUCGCUGUCAGCACUGCCGCUUCAAGAAAUGCCUCUCCGUCGGCAUGUCGAGAGAUGCUGUGCGUUUUGGCCGGAUCCCAAAGAGAGAGAAGCAGCGCCUUUUGGAUGAGAUGCAGAGCUACAUGAACAGCCUCAACGAGUCGGCUGCCAUGGACAUGGAGCCUCCGGUGAGGGAAAACCCCACCAGCACGGAUGACAACAGCUCGAAGGAGGCCAUCGGAGCCAUUUCCAGAGCCUAUCGCAACAUCUUCACCAGCAACAGCAGCAGCAACCAAGAGAAACCUUCCAAGAGGGCCAGCGUCAACGCUAACAACGGCGACGACAACAGCACACCUCGCUUCUCUCAGGACGGCGGUUUUCCACAAGCGUCAUCUCACCCCACCCCAGCUCAGAGCUACCAGUCCUGCCCCGCUGCUCCUGCCGCUCACUGCCCAGUCGCCUCCAAUGACAACCAGCCCGCAUUUCACAACAUGGACAAUAAUCGCUAUACAUACUUACUGUCAACAAAUCAAAACCAUAUCCAGGCUAAUGCGCCUCAGAGGGGAGGCUCUUCCAAUCAUAAUAGUUUUCACAAUGCAGGAAAUGCCCACAGUCAGCCCUCCUGCCCGUGGAAACUGCCACCGGGAUCUAAAGUGCUGGCCUGUCCCCUGAAUGCGUGUCCCGUUUCCGGGGCCGACCGCUCCAGUCAGGAGAUAUGGGAGUCUUUCUCUCAGUGCUUCACCCCUGCUGUCAAGGAGGUGGUAGAGUUUGCCAAGGGCAUCCCAGGAUUUCAAGAGCUUAGCCAGCAAGACCAGGUCAUGCUGCUAAAGUCUGGCACCUUCCAGGUUCUCAUGGUGAGGUUCUGUACCUUGUUCAAUGCGGAGGAGCGCACCGUGACCUUCCUCAAUGGCCAGACUUACCCCUUGUCCACCCUGAGGGCUCUGGGCAUGGGCUCCUUGCUGGAUGCGAUGUUUGAGUUCAGUGAGAAGUUGGGUUCUCUGGGGCUCGAGCCAGACGAGAUGGCCCUCUUCAUGGCCGUGGUGCUGGUCUCUGCAGAUUGCUCCGGCAUCUCGGACAUGCGUGCUGUGGAGCAGCUCCAGGAGGGUCUGAUCCGUGCCCUCCGAUCGCUGAUCACUCGCCGCCGCCCCGACGACUCUGCUCUCUUCUCCAAGCUCCUGCUGCGCCUGCCAGAUCUCCGCACCCUCAACAAUUUGCACUCCGACAAACUCUUGGCCUUUCGCAUUGACCCUUAAGCAGGCCGCGGAUUCAGCAACCACUAAGAAACAAACUGUUUUUACACACACAAACACCACCACCCACACACAGAUUUUAUCUUCCAAGGGCAGGACUUCCUUCAGCGAUGAGGAACAAGGAAUUGUGCAAUCUGAAUUGUUUUAUUUUUUGUUUUUGAUUUUUUUGUUUUUUGUUUUUUGCAAGACAAAUGAGAACAGUCAACUUAUUUUGACUCACUAAUGAUCUUCAUGCAAUGUUUUUUGUUAGAGGAAAUGCAUAAAAAUACUCAUACAAACUCACAAACACACAAACAAACCUCAGCACCUCAGUAAAGACUUUGUUCCAGUAAGAAAACAUAACUGUGUAGUGUUAGUAUUACAGUUUUAAAGCAAAUAUUUUGUGCACUUGCUCAGUAUAUCCAGUUUAACAGUAAAAGUCAGUUCACAUGUUUUGUUUUUUUCUGUAAGUAUCAGCAGGUUUUCACGAAGCAGCAGCUGAUGGACGUUGUAGAUUGAAACAGUUAUUACUUAGGGACCACUGAUGAUCAUUGGCGAUGUGUCACUUUGUGUUUAAAGGAAAGGGAAACUGUAUAUAAUACAUAGUAGGAUCUGAAAUAUUAAGGCAGUUUAUGUAUCGCUAUUUCACAAACAUACCAUUGGCAUCAGUACUGAAAGAAGACCACCCUUUCCACCAUUUUAAUGUCUCACUUAGACACAAUAGGAUGCAUUUUGUCUGUUUUUGACUAAUCUAGAAAACAUUUAGAACAUCUGGGAUCUAAUUAUGCCAACUUCAUGUCAUUUUACGUCAUUAUUUCACAAAAGCAUCACGUGUGUCGCUAUAUGGUAUCACAUUUGGACCGAUGGAGAAGCUCCAUGCACAUUAAGUUGUGUAGUUCCUUUGUUUCUUUAUUUUUUUUCUCAUGCUGUAAAUAUUUUGUUUGUCCAUUGUGUAUCAAUUACUGAACUGAUACGAUGGAUGGGACACAUGAGUUUGGUGUAAAGAAGAAUGUAUGGGCCUUCCUACACAGGGGAGAGGUCUGGCUUUGCCAAGGGGGGCUCCGCACAGGAGAAUGUGGUAUUAAGGAUUCUCAGACGAUUUAGACAUACUUCCUUGCUAUUAGAUGAUAUAUCCAACCAGCAAAAUCCGUGAAAUCACCAGCACUCACUCCACAUGCACCCUUCCUCUGCCCCCAAUGUUUGUCAUACAAACACAAGAGAUAUUUUUGGGUGAGAGAUCUAAUUUGAUUGGUCCUCUCAUUGUAAGCUUGUUUGAUUAUGGCUGAUUGAGCACUUGUAUAUUUUGUAAAUUUCCUUCCUAAAUAGAAACAAUGAUAUAAAGUUCAA